AUGCAUCACGAGGGUGAAGAAGAGUCAACUAUCGAAAAAGAAAUGGAGGAAAGCUACGAUUAUACUGAUGAACUAUCCAUGAAAUCACGUAGAAGGCAGCGACGCAUCGACGCCAUUGACCCACGCAGACAAGCACCGAACACAGGCUCCAGCGCCGGUUCAACUCCACGCAGCAACCCAUCAGCUAGUACGCACAGAACUGUGAAUUUGCCGAAAAUUGAAUUACCAACAUUUUCGGGCAAUGUAUUGGAAUGGAUCACAUUCUAUGACACGUACAGGUCUACAAUUCACGAUGAUAAAACACUCGGAGACAUUCAACGAUUCGCAUAUCUCAAGGGGGUAUUACGAGGAGAAGCCCUACUCUUGAUUUCAAGUUUACCGCUCACAGAAGUGAAUUACGCCCAAGCGCUCGCACUUCUCAACGAACGUUACGGACAGAAACAUAUGAUUAUUUCCGCUCACAUGGAAGCUCUUUGGCAGCUGCAGUCGCCCAUCGACGAUGUUACGAGUUUACUACGCUUCAAUGACACGCUAGAGUCUCAUAUCCGCGGACU